AUGGAGACUCCUAUCGACGAACAAAUACCUCUUCCGGGUCAAUGGCCUGGAGAUCCCCAAGAUGAUGUUCCCAUCUCAGAGGAUCGUAUUUGGGUAGACGGCUGCUUCGACUUUAGUCACCAUGGCCACGCCGGUGCUAUGCUCCAGGCUCGUCGACUCGGCAAAGAACUUUACGUCGGAAUUCACUCAGACCAAGCCAUUUUGGAGAACAAGGGCCCGACGGUCAUGUCGCUGGAUGAACGAGUUGCAGCCGUCGACGCCUGUCGGUGGGCCACUCAGAGUGUCCCACAUGCUCCUUACGUGACCUUUUUGCCAUGGGUCUCUCACUACGGCUGCAAGUACGUCGUUCACGGCGACGAUAUCACAUCUGACAGCGAUGGCAAUGAUUGCUAUCGAUACGUCAAAGCCGCAGGCCGCUUCAAAGUGGUGAAAAGAACACCGGGAAUCUCUACCACAGACCUGGUUGGGCGCAUGCUUCUUUGCACAAAGAACCACUUCGUCAAAUCCGUCAAAAACACUUUAGCGGGCGAAGAAGGAUCUGGAAGCCCCGACGAACGCAAAAGGUCUGCUGAGGAUCUGUUGCAGCGGAUCCGAGACUAUGCUACUGACGAAAGUGGCCUGCAGCCUGGCCCUCAGGUCUGGACUUGGGCUGGUUCCGGGGCGGCAAAAAUUGACCCUGCCGUUGAAGAAGCUGGGUCAUUUGACAAUUUGGUGACCGGUAAAGGCCCUAGACCCGGACAGCGGAUUGUCUACGUUGACGGCGGGUUCGACCUUUUCUCAUCUGGUCACAUCGAAUUUCUCCGGCAAGUCACGGAAAUAGAAGAGUCUCUAGGCCGCCAGCGAGGUUGGUAUGAGCCUGGCCAAAGAGAGAAGAGAAUCAAGGAGUACAAUGAAGAUUACGCCCCUGCCUAUCUCGUGGCCGGGAUUCAUGACGACGACGUGAUCAAUCAUUGGAAGGGACUCAAUUACCCCAUAAUGAAUAUCUUCGAGCGUGGCCUUUGCGUCCUUCAGUGUCGCUAUAUCCAUGCGGUUGUAUUCUCAGCUCCUUUCACACCUACCCAGCCAUACCUGGAGGCCAUGCCCCUAGGCACGCCAGAUGUCGUUUAUCAUGGACCUACAACCUUCAUUCCCUUGACCUACGAUCCCUACACCGCACCCAAGAAGAUGGGAAUCUUUCAUGAAGUUGAAAAGCACGCUUUCCAGCAUGUGAAUGCGGGUGAGAUUGUUGAUCGAAUUUUGAAGAGCCGCGAAGCCUACGAAGCCAGGCAACGUGCCAAGCUUCAAAAGGCAGUCGCGGAGGACUUGGUCAAGUCGCAAGAACAGAACUUGGCGUAG